AUGUCGGUGAUCAGGGAUCCUAUUUUGAACUGCGGCCCAUGGAGGAAACUCUUCUUUUUUGUUCGUAUAAGCGCUGAUUCGAUUGAUGAAGGUUGUAUCCCGCUGCUUAGGAGCAGGUCAAACCCUAAUCCGUACACCAAUCCCCUCGCUCCGUUUCCCGCCGAUCUGGUGGCAGCGAGGGAUCUUCUAAGGAACAUGCUGUCUUUCUGGUCGUCCUUUACGCGUUUCCUUUCUGAUUCCUGGGUGGCGGAGGAUGUUGACUCAGACUUGGAUGAUCCUACCCUCAGCCAUGUCCCUUUGAGAGGUACGGAGGCUGAAUCAUUCAAAGGAAAAAGAAUUAUCCUCGGCGGUAUAAAGUUUUUCGUGGAUGACUUCAUACUUCCAGUAUGGGAUCAAAAUCUCGCUUUUGGCGACGGUAGUGGUUCGAGUGAUUUGCCUCUGCCAGACUUUGAUCAGUUCUUUGCCGACCUUCCUACAGAUCUUGAUCCGCCUCCGCCCACGGAAGAAUGGAGGAGGCUUGAAGUAGUCGUGGAGGGAUCCUGUAGGAUGAAUGGGGGGCUGGACGUACUUAGCUCGGCUCUUGAGGCAAGUAACAGGGAGGCGAUGGUCUACAGCUUCAAGGCGGAGAAAGCGGAAAAAGAUCUCACUCGCGUGCAUAACGAGGUCUUAGAGUGA